GCGGACUGCAGGUUUUCAAAACUUGUCCUGAACACAUGCUGCCUUUAGCUUGCUUGAUGGCAUGUGGUUGGUGCAGGCGUGAGGCAAGCUAGUGCCAUGGCAAUGGCACCAAUGGCGCCAAUGGGCUUUCCAUUUGAUCCCGCAUUGCUGCUGAGUUUUGGUGAGCCAUGGGACCAAAGCAAGGUACAGAUGCUGGACCACGUGGUGAACCUUAUGUACUCAGGUGACCAAUCACAACGCAAGCUGGCCCAUGAAAUACUGACACAGGUCAAAACUCACCCAGAUUCCUGGUUUGCAGUGGACACCAUUCUAGCGACGUCAUCCAGUCCAGACACCAAGUUUUUUGCACUCAAUGUUCUGGAAAACGUGAUCUGCACGCGUUGGAUGGUGCUUCCAGACACACAGAAGGCUGGCAUCAAAAACUACGUUGUUCAACUAGUGAUCAAGAUCUCUGCGGAUGAGCAUUUUGCUACAACACAGAAGCAUUUCCUGACAAAGUUGAACGAGACUUUGGUUCAUAUUGUCAAGCAGGAGUGGCCGCAUUCUUGGGACAAUUUCAUCCCGGACCUGUGUGGAUCCUGCAAGACGAAUCAAAUGCUUUGUGAGAACAACCUUCGCAUUCUAAACAUGCUGAGCGAGGAAAUUUUCACAUUUGGAAAGUCUCACAUGGUGUCGAGGAAAGUCGUGAAGUUGAAGGAAUCGCUCAACUCGCAGUUUGCCGCGAUUUACGAUCUAUGCACUUUCAUUCUCAGGAGUCAUGUGCAAAGCCCUGGGUCGGUCAAGCCUACUUUGAUCAUCACGACGCUGGGGACUCUGGCAAACUUCUUGGAGUGGAUUGCCUUGGGCUUCAUUUUUGAGACAGAUUUGAUCCAGAUGCUGUUGCUACACUUCUGGGACCCUUUGGAGUACCGGAUUGAAUGUGCCAAAUGCCUUAAUGAGAUUGCUUGCUUGCAUGAUGGGGUCCAACAGUACCAACCACAAAUGAUUCGCUGCUUCCAAGGCGUAGUAGAGAAGAUCCAGCAGCUGCCGGAAUACAUCCCACAGAGCUCUGCAGGUUUGUCUGGACAGCAGCGCAUUUUUUGGGAGGUCUUCCACAACCAAGUGGCACUACUUCUCACUGGCUUUCUCAAGCAUCACAUGCAGGCAAUGGAAGCUCAAAGCCGGUACAUGAUCCCAGCAUUGAAGUAUUUGGUCAGAAUAUCAAUGGGACCGAAUGAAGAAACUUUCAAGAUAUGCGUGGAAUUCUGGCAAACAUUCAGCGCUCGUGUUUAUUUGGAGAACCAGUCCCAGUUUCAGCAAAUGCCUCCGCUUCUGAUGGAUGGUUCACGUGCAGAUUCCAAUGCUCAGCGAGAGAAGCUGAAACUCUACGCUCCAGUCCUAGUGGAAGUUCGUCAAGUUCUUAUCUCCAAGAUGGUUAAACCUCCAGAAGUCACAAUCAAAGAAAAUGAGGAGGGUCACAUCGUGCGCGUUGAGGAGGAAGAUACUGAUGAGCUUGCUUUGUACAAAAUGAUGCGGGAGGCAUUGAUCUAUCUCACCCAUUUGGAUCCAGAGCACAUGGAAAACCUAGUGCUGCAACGAGUUGCUCAUGAGUGUUUGGAACGGAAAGAUGACCUUGAGAAGUGGUGUCCGACUAUGCUCAAUCGCUUGUGUUGGGCCAUCGGUUCCAUCAGUGGGGCAAUGCAGGAGUCAGAAGAGAAGAAAUUUGUCGUGGCAGUGAUCCGGGACCUUUUGAAGCUAUGCGAUCUCAAGAAAGGCAAGGAAAACAAGGCGGCUGUGGCAAGCAACAUCAUGUAUGUGGUGGGGCAGUAUCCUCGGUUCCUCAGAGCUCAUUGGAAGUUUCUGAAGACAGUAAUCUUCAAGCUCUUUGAGUUUAUGCAUGAGACUUUUCCUGGGGUUCAGCAGAUGGCAGUGGACACUUUUCUACGAAUUUGCCAGAAGUGCAAGAAGAAAUUCGUUGCCCAACAAGCCCAGGAGCCUGCUCCCUUUAUUGAGACAAUGCCUAGUCACAUUGCACAGGACAUCUCUGAGUUGGAGCACUUGCAAAUAUGCACCUUCUUUGAAGCAGUUGGGCAUAUGAUCAGCGCGGCACAUGUAGAGCAAAAAGGUCGGCUCAUAACAUUGAACUUGGCUAUCUUCAAUGAGAAGUGGAUGAGCAUCCUACAGGAUCUUUCGAAGGCAGGUUCUUUGGAACUCUUUGUGCAGAAUCACCAGGUCCUCCGGGAGCUCUCCUUGAUCCUCCGUGUGAAUGAGCGCAUGGUUGUGUCUGUGGGUACUGCGUGCCAUGGACAGCUCGCCUCGAUUUAUUGUGAGAUGUUGAAGAUCUACAAGGUGUGUAGCGAUUUCAUCUCUAUGAGCACUGCCCAGCAAGGCGUUCAGGUCAUGAAUUUCUCAAACGUACGACUGCUGCGAAAUGUGAAGCGAGACACCUUGAGGUUGGUGCGUUCCUUCCUGGAUGCUGCUACGCCCCAAGGUGCUGCAGAAGUGCACUUGACACCAGAGCAGAUUGCUCAAAAAUGUGUGCCGCCUUUACUGGAACCAGUUUUGGCCGACUAUCGCAGCAACAUUCCACAAGCUCGUGACGCAGAAGUUCUAGACUUACUCGCAGUGCUUGCUACACGAAUUAGUGGGUCCAUUUCGCAGGAGGUGGGUAAAAUCUUUGAGAUGGUCCUGGAGUGCACCUGUGACAUGAUCAAAGGCGACUUCCAAAGCUAUCCUGACCAUAGAGUGAAGCUCUAUGACCUUUUGAAGGCCAUCAAUGCACAUUGCUUCCAAGCGCUGUUCUACUUACCAGAAGCCCAAGUGAAGCUCUAUGUUGACUCCUUGAUUUGGGCAAUGAAACAUGAACAGCCUCAAGUUGCUGAUAGUGGGUUGCAGGUCCUGUCACAGUUCUUGGAAAAGCUUCUGAGUGGGCCCAGCACAAUCAAGAUUGCAUUCUUCAAGCAGUACUUCUUUCUGAUCUUGCAAGAUGUCCUGUGCGUUCUUACGGACACCUCGCACAAAAGUGGCUUCAAGCUCCAGCAGCACAUCCUGCUGCAGCUUGUCGUGGCCGUUGAGACAGGCCUACUCCAAGAAGCAGUGCCAAAGCAGCAGGCUAUGGAGUUCCUCUUUGACUUGACUGGCAAAUCCUUCCCGACCUUGAACCAGAGCCAGGCAGAAAUCUUUGUACUGCAUUGCUUCAACAAAUCACGGCAGCCGGCCGAGUUUCAACAGCAUAUCAGAGAUUUCCUGAUUCAACUCAAGGAAUGGGGUAGCCACGAGUCUGCCUUAUAUGAGGCAGAGAGGCAAGCGGCGCAGGAAGAACAACAACAGUUAGAUCGACAAAUGAGGAUGCAAGUUCCUGGCCUCAUUCCUCAGUACGACGCAUCAAGGCAAGAAGACAUGGAUGAUCUAUAAUGUUUGAGUCCAUGAUGCGCCUGAGAUUUGUGCACGAAUAGAGGCACUCAGGUGCGAGACCUUUGGAGGGCACAGGGCUCGAAAAA